GGAUGAUCGAUCCUUCUUGCGCGCAUCUAGAGGCCUUUUGAAGUGUGAUGAAAAGCGGAUUUGCCGAUUUCCGACUAUUUCGCAGAAGAAAAUGAGGAAAUGCUCAUUGUACUGUGAAGUGCCGUGUGGGAACGAUUGCGGUGAAUAUGCUUUGUUUUGCUCUAUUGACCGAAUACGGGCGGUGAAUUGAGAAAUCCGAUUAUAACCUAUAAAAAUGAUCUGCAUUGGAAAAUCGGAGAUGUUUGUUUAUCAUUAGCUUAAGUGUACUAGAACUAAUAACGUGUUAUGCAACAAGUGAGGCGUGCAAAAUAGAAAAACAUGAGCAACAACCUUAUAAAUCAGAACAAUACGUGGAAAGGGGUAAGCAGUAAUAAUGGAAUCAUCAGUUCAAAAUACCAAGUGCCUGAAAACAUGAACUCUCGGAAUGCCGUAGUGGAGAUUGCUCGGACAGGAACCAAAACCGUUGUAGUGCCUCGACAUAGACCUGACAGAGAAAAACUUUUAGUGAUAUUGGUAGUUGCCCUUCUGGCGUUCUGCGGGAUGCUCAUGAUUAUGGUUUUUACUAGAAAGAAUCAAUCUUGUACUGUGAAAAAGAAAACAAUUUGUUUAACGGAGGAAUGUGUUCGAACAGCCUCUUCUUUAUUAGCAGCAAUGGAUCACAAUGUCGAUCCAUGUGUAGAUUUCUUUCAGUAUGCUUGUGGUACUUGGAACAAGGUUCAUCUCAUACCCGAAGAUAAAAGUUCGAUCAGCACGUUCGAAGUAAUGGCUGAUCAAUUACAGGUAAUUCUUAAAGGUGUAUUGGAAGAACCGUUGAAUUUGAACGAUAAUGACGCGACCAGGAAAGCAAAAAUUUUUUACAAUACUUGCAUGGAUUUAAACAAUAUAAGGAAGACUGGAGAUAGGCCGAUAAGAGAGGUGUUGAACCAGCUGGGAGGCUGGCCAGUUCUGAAACAAAACUGGACCGUGCCGUCAUUCUCAGUUGAAAUUCUAAUCGGAUUGAUAAGAAGUUAUUAUAACGAAGGGUUACUUAUCGAGCAAUGGGUUGGACCCGAUGAUAAAAAUAGUUCUGUGAACAUUAUUCAGAUGGAUCAGUCGAUUUUAGCUCUACCAAGUAGAGACUAUUAUCUAAAGCCCAGCAGCAAGGGAGAUCUUUUAGCAUAUCAUAGAUAUAUGACCAAUAUAGCAAUACUUCUAGGUGCCAAUAAAACUACAGCCGGUGAUGAACUACAAAAAGUUAUCGAAUUCGAAAAACAACUCGCAAAUGCUUCGCUUCCAGAGCAAGACAGACAUGAUACUAGUAUGAUUUAUAAGAAGAUGUCUAUCAAAGAUCUAGCCAAGUUAGUGCCCAAAUUUAACUGGCUGGAGUAUUUUAGAACCAUAUUUGACAUGAACAUAAAUGAGGACGAACAGAUCGUAGCUUAUGGAAUAUCUUAUUUCGUCGAGUUGGGAAAGAUUUUGUCUACCACAGAUAGAAGAAUAAUCCACAAUUAUGUAUUGUGGCGUCUAGUAAUGUCGUUAUCUACGCACUUGGUGGACGAUUACCAGAAGGAGCGUGUAGAGUUUCGAAAAAUUCUACAAGGUGUUUUAUCCGAACGACACCGAUGGGCGCAAUGCGUAGAAUGGACCAACAAGAAAAUGGGCAUGGCUGUAGGUGCCUUAUAUAUUCGAGACAAUUUCGAUCAUUUAAGUAAAGAGACUGCAUUGGAAAUGAUACACACCAUUAGAGAAGCUUUUAAUGAACUUUUAGCCGAAAACCACUGGAUGGAUGACGAGACUAGAACAGUGGCCAAAGAGAAAGCAGAUGCAAUAAAUGAAAGAAUAGGAUAUCCGAAAUUGAUAACAGACAAAGAAACACUUUGCAAGGAAUACGAUCAGCUGAAUAUUACCAAAAAUGAAUUCAUGUUAAAUGUUCUUAACAUUCUUAAAUUUGAAGCCAAACAAAAUUUGGAAAAACUACGCCAAGAAGUUGACAAAGAAAAGUGGUCAACGGAACCUGCCGUGGUCAAUGCUUUUUAUAAUCCCAACAAGAACGACAUUGUUUUUCCAGCAGGGAUACUACAGCCUUUGUUUUACAGUCAACACUUCCCAAAAUCCUUGAAUUAUGGAGGAAUAGGUGUUGUAAUUGGACAUGAAAUUACCCACGGAUUUGAUGAUAAAGGUCGUCAAUUCGACAAACACGGUAAUAUGAUGCAAUGGUGGAACAACGCCACGAUCAAAGCAUUCAGGGAAAGAACUCAAUGUAUCAUAGAUCAGUACUCCCGAUACAAAGUAAACGAAGUUGGUCUUUACAUCAAUGGCAGAAUGACCCAAGGUGAAAACAUUGCAGAUAACGGAGGACUUAAACAGUCUUUUAGGGCCUACAAAAAAUGGUCCUCCCUGCAUGAAGAGGAAUUCGAUCUACCUGGCCUUAACCUAACGCACGAUCAGUUAUUUUUCCUAAACUAUGCUCAAAUAUGGUGUGGAUCCAUGAGACCUGAAGAUGCCCUGACCAAAAUUAGAUCCAGCGUUCAUUCACCCGGCCCCAUCAGAGUAUUGGGUCCGCUGUCGAAUUCAAAAGACUUUGCCCAAGCGUAUGGUUGCCCCGUUGGUUCGCCGAUGAACCCACCAGAAAAGUGUAACGUUUGGUAAGGUACCUUUAUCUCAUGCACAACUGUCAGUGCCUCGACAUUAGAGCUAUAACAAUUAUCAAUAAAUAAACAAUAAAAUAAUC